AUGUAUAUAUCAUCAUUUAGUGAUGAUGAUAAUACUAAUCAAUCGAUACUAACAUUUGAUACUUUAUUAAAACAUACAUUAUGUUCAUUUGCACGUUCUCAAGUACUUUUUACGGCUAUUCGACUUGAUCUAUUUACUAUAAUUGAAGAAUCUCCGACAAGUUCAUUAUCCUAUGAAGAAUUAAAAAAAUAUCAAAUCUCAUUAACAAUGUUAUCCUAUCUUGUUUAUUUACGUUUAUUGAAACGUUGUUCAAAUUCAAAUAAUUAUGAAUGUACAUCAGUCACACGUACAUAUCUUGUUUCUUCUCGUGAAAAUUAUGUUGGUUUCGGUAUUGGAGUUUGGGAUCAUCGUCGUUUAUAUACAUUUAUUCUUCGUUUAAAUGAAACAUUACGAUAUGGUAUAAGAACAAGUGAAGAAAGUAAUGAACAAAUAUGUCUUUGGACAAUAUUUGAACAAAAACAUGAUCCAAUGAUAUAUUUUGCACGAAUAAUGUCAUCAUUUACUCGUUGUACAAUCAAUGAAUUAUGUGAUCAUGUUGAUUUGUCAUCCUAUUCAACAUUACUUGAUAUUGGUGGUUCAUUAGGUGAUCUUAGUCGAACAAUUGUUAAACGAUAUCCACAUAUCAAUGCAUUUAGUUUUGAUUUACCUGAACUUACUUCUUAUGCAUCAUCAUUAAUUACGGAUCAUUCCAAUGUUCAUUAUAUAGCUGGUAAUUUUUUUGAAGAUAAAUGGCCAAAUGAAAUUAUUGAAAAAAGUUUAUUGAUUGAUCUUAUUUCAGUUAAAUAUAUUCUUCAUGAUUGGUCAUAUAAACAACGAAAAUUUUUAAUUGAAAAAUUUUAUAAAUUAUUAAAAACUAAAAUAGAAAAUAAUGGUGGAAAUGGUACAUUAUUAAUUAUUGAAAAAAUGAUUGAUAAAGAUCGUUUAAAUUCAACAUCAUUAUGUACUAGUAUAUCAAUGGCAAUUGAAUGUGGUGAUGGUAUUGGUUAUGAUGCAACAGAAUAUGAAUAUAAACAAUUAUUAAUUCAAAUCGGUUUUCAACGUAUACAAAGUAUACAAUUAAGUGGACCCAUGGUGGCUUUAUUUGCUAAUGUCAUAUAA